AUGGGAAUCGCCAACAGGUUUCUGGAGUGGGUAUACACCCUCUCCACCCGCGACAAGUACUCCGAGUACGAUUCCCGCAACUCGUUCAACCGUCUCCACAAACCCCAGCUGCUGCUGAUGUACCGCCACGCCAAUCUGCUGGGCACCGAUCUCAUGGCCCCGGAGUACGAGCUGCCGGCAGAUGGCUCCGAUGAAGGCGUCCACGAGGUCAGAUUGGCCUGGAGACACAUUAACAACUGGAUGAGCCGCGAGUACCCUGAGUUAGCGCUGACAUUAGAACUGAAAUGUACCGAUGCCGAUCUUAAAGAUUUCCAAAAGGAUCUCGACGUCGUGCUUCCUCCCUGUGUCAAGGAGUUCUAUAAGAUGACUGAUGGUCAGUUUGGUCUGCUUCCAGAGAUCCCUGGUUUGAUCUAUGGCCUUAAACUCUUGCUGUUGGACGAUAUCUUGACCAUGACCUUACACUGGCGUAAAGUGGUGGCAGCGUUAGCGGGAGAUGUUCAGCCUACAGAGAUUCAACAACUCCUGCUGACCCACUCGGUAACGUCAAAACAUCUGGGAUUCCAUGACCGGCAAUUGCCCGGGAUGUCUCCACCUGAAAGAGUCGCUAUUGGUAAUAAGCUGCGACAGCCUAAUCUCCAGGUCCUGGUCAGCGCCAAGCAGCGAUCGAUCCCUCCAAACCAUGUAGUGGAAGUGUUUGCUCAUCCGAUGUGGAUCCCGUUAAUCACUGAUGGUGUGGGAAACUGUAUUGGUAUUGACCUUGCUCCUGGUCCUGAAGGUAAAUCAGGCCAAGUGAUUCUCUUUGGCCGUGAUUUUGAUGACAAAUACGUCGUGGCCAAAACCUGGGGCGACUACCUUCUAUCGUAUGCUAACGAUCUCGAGUCAGGUAACUGGGAUAUCGACUACCUGCGGAAAGUGAUGGAAGACGACAUUUUCAUCGGCAACGAAGGCGAGUUGAAGUUUGUUGAUCGCGUGACCAAGGCCGACGUGCCCUAUUUCGAUGUGUUGCGUACUAGAACAGUGAAACAGUGGAUUAAAGAUACACCCCACCCUGAACCCUAUGAACGCGCCCUUAUGGCAGAAUUGCUCGGAGGCCGCAAACGAGAUUCCGGGAUUGACUCAUUCAAACGACUGAGUUCAUCACAGGUGGAGCUGGACAUAAAAUCGCGACUAGCCCGUCUUGAUUCUCACGACUUAGCCAGCCACACCAGCGACGAAGACCAGCUGUUAUCGCCUCCGGUGAAGUCACCGGAACAGGUGUUGGUGCAAGAGUUUAACGACGUGGAAUUAUAA